CGUCCUAGGGAGAGGGGCGGUUAGGAAGGUGAGAACCUUCCUAACUCUAGCAUGCCCCUUCCUAACCCUAGGACGCGUGGACUAAAUGGUGUGGAACCCGCCUCUGUGAAUGCGAGAUCUCCAGGAACCCCAGAUAUCAGCUGCCCUGCUCAUGCAAACUGAGGGCUUUGGCUUCCUUGUUUAAAUCAAUCUUUUUUUCCUACCACGUUCCACUUUGCCAAGCAUUAUUAUCUUUCUAGCAAGUGUUGCCAUCUCAUGAUACAUUCAAAGUACAACAGUCUUAAUUUCAUUGUCUUGGCUUUUAGGAAGAACCCAGGCUUGAUUUGCUCUAAGAUCAAUUCAUUCAUGUUUUUGACAGUCCAUGGUAAUCAUAGGUCUCUCUUCCAGCACUACAUUUCAAAUGCAUUGAUUUUCUCCUGUCAUCUUUCUUUACUGUCCACCUUUCAUACCCACACAGAGAAAUCAGAAAAAUGUGAUAUUACAUGAUGUCAUUCCAUUGGUUAUGGUAUCCAAUAAGAGACUAUGGUAUUUAUACAGUCACACUACUCACAGUACUCAUAACAGUAAUGAGAAAGGACUGCAUUUGUCCCAGUGGCCAAAUAUAUGUAACUGUAUAUUCUGUAAUAUCCCAACUGGGAUACUGUAAUAUCCCAACAGCUUUGAGGAAUGACAUCUAUCCUGCUCAACAAAUAGAUAAUAAUUGUUCUGGGUUUGAAAGCCUAAAAGAUAUUGCCCUAAGUCCAAUUUUUAGGCUCUAAAUAGAAUAGACCUACCCAUGGUGAAUGGUAAAUUAACACCUGCAUAAAUCUGAAUUAUUCAUUUCAUUUACUUUAGCAGUUGGAUGUGGCCAUUGUCAUUAAAUUAAGUUUAGCUAUAGUGAUGUCUUUCUUAUUUGGGAUCCUGGCGUUGAUUCUGGAAGAUAGGAUUAAAAAUCUUAGCAUUGGGUUUGUUUCAAAAUCUCACUUCAGAUGCAGCAAAUGUAUGGAUAAAAUUAAGGAUACAGUGGGACCUCAGUAUCUGUAGACUUGCCAUCCGUAGAUGGCAAGUCUGCGCUGUUCCCCAAUGGUGGUGCUUUAUGCUCAAAUCCCAUUGACCCCAAUGGUGGCGCCUGACACAGCCACACCACCAUUGGGAUCAAUGGGACUGGUUCUCCUUCCUUCUUUCCUUUCCCUCCUCUCUCUUCUUUCUUCCUUUUUGCCCUUGUAAUCUCCUUUACAUUUACAUGGCAGAUGUUGCACUCCCCUCCACCUCACUCAUUGUAGUAAAUGAAUAAAAAUAUUUUGUUUGAUUAGUAUGUAUAUUUUUGUAACACAUUCAUGUAUAUUCAUGCAGCAGCAUCUUUUCCUGAGAACCGAAGCAAUGAUGGCAGAAGUGGUGGGAAAAGGAAGAGGCUAUAAUCCAGCAAGCUUCCCCACUCUCCUCCUGGUCCUUCUCCUCCCCCCUCAGGCAGAGGUGGCUGCUCCAAGUGCCCUCCUUGUCCUUCUCUUUUCCUCCAGGAGAGAAAAGAUUUGGGAAGAGGAGGAGGAGGAAUCAGGGCCUCUAGGUGACAUGCCCCCCUCUUGGGUCUCACCCCAUCAUUUCAGAACCACUGAUGUAAACCACGAUGAGUUUUGUUUUAAAGCAAUUCAGACAUGAAUUCAUGGAACAAGUCACUGCCCUUUAGUCUUAGUUUCCUAUCUGCCUCCUAUUAGAGAAAGGUAGUACUACCAAUUCACAGGCUACUCCACAUGUCACAUAUAUAUUGGUUCCAACCACACUGACAUAACAAUUGUGAUAAGAAAUCACCUGAGAGAUUUCUGCAAGAAACUCCUGCUGAGGGAUAGAGAAAUACAUGGAUUCCUGUGUGUACAUUGUCUACACCUGUGCAGAUAGUUGUUGCCUGCCCUCAUCUAUAUGCUUCCAGUGUAGCUGUGCACAUUAUGCUCCAUAAUUGCUGCUGCAUUGUAUAGUAGCUCCACACCAUUCCAGGCAUCCUCUUUUCUUUUGCCAACAGGAGAUCAGUUUUGUCAGAACUAUUUUUCUGUUUAGGGGGAAGCAGAGAGGCUGGACAUGGUGGUAACCACGAAAAAUUCUAAACUUUGUUUUUGCACAGUUCCUUUCUAGGUAUACCUGUCUACAGAAAUCUUUGACAGUAAACAGCUUUAAAAGAAUAAUGUCUAUUGAGUAUCCUAAAUGUUGCUGGAUAGAUCAUGUGAGAAAAAUCUCUCUUCACUGUGGGAAAAGGUUUCCUAUUAAAAUAGUUCUGGGAAUAGAAACUAGCUGUGAUGAUACAGGAGCUGCUGUGGUGGAUGAAACUGGCAACAUUUUAGGAGAAGCACUACAUUCUCAAAAUGAGGUUCAUUUGAAGACAGGUGGAAUUAUUCCUCCAGUAGCACGACAGCUUCACCAAGAAAACAUUGAGAGGAUAGUACAACAAGCACUCUCUAUCAGUGGACUUUGUAUGGAUGAGCUCUCAGCUGUUGCAACAACUGUAAAACCAGGACUUGCUUUAAGCCUUGGAGUUGGGUUGGACUAUAGUCUAGAACUGGUGGAGAAAUACAAGAAGCCUUUCAUCCCUAUCCAUCAUAUGGAGGCACAUGCGCUGACUGUUAGGCUGACCAACCACGUAGAGUUUCCAUUCCUAGUACUUUUGCUCUCUGGUGGUCAUUGUAUAUUGGCUGUAGCACAAGGAGUUUCAGAUUUUCUUCUCCUUGGACAGACUUUGGACAUUGCACCAGGAGACAUGCUGGAUAAGGUAGCCAGAAGACUUUCUUUACAAAAGCACCCGGAUUGCUCUGGUUUGAGUGGUGGGAAAGCAGUGGAAAAGAUGGCCAAACAGGGAAAUGGGCUACAUUAUGAAUUCAAAGUCCCCAUGGAGCGACAUUCUGAUUGUAACUUCUCCUUUGCUGGACUUCAGAGCCAAAUCACUAGAAUGAUUGAACAGAAAGAAAAGACAGAAGGCCUUCAGGAAGGUCAGCUACUGUCCUGUGUCUCAGAUCUUGCUGCCGCAGUCCAGUGUGCAGUGACUGCUCACAUUGCUAAGCGAACACACCGGGCCCUCCUCUUCUGCAGAAAUAAGGGUAUCCUGCCACAAAAGCAAGCAACUUUGGUGGCUUCAGGAGGUGUUGCAAGUAACCAGUAUAUUCGCAAAGCAAUACAGAUUGUAGGAAAUGCCACUGACGCCACCUUGAUAUGUCCACCUCCAAGGCUCUGCACUGACAAUGGCGUUAUGAUUGCAUGCUGUUAGGUAGUAAUCGGUGUGAGAAGAGUCUGACUUGGAUGUUGUUGUUAUGGGAACCAUGGAAUAAGGUUGACCAACUGUGAGGAUGGAAUGAGAAAGAUCAAGAUGGCUCCCGGGUUGAACUCCCAGUUUUUGAUUGGAGAAAGACAUCAAUCCCUGUACACUGUAGGAGAGCUGAUAAUCUCAAAUCCAAAAUACCUGCUGGGGAUACCUUUGCUAUGCUGACCAGAAGGCACAAAAAUCUUCACACUAGCUUUCCAAGUAAAUAGGCUUCUGCAUGAGGCAACAACAGCCAAAAGAAAUCACACAAGAGGAGUGACAUUGUUAGCCACAGGACUGUGUCUGGUUUGUCUGAGAUGUUGAAGAGGUAGUCAGUGCAGACUGAUGUGAAGUCACACCUCAGGCUGUGAAGUCACAAAAGCAAAUAAAAGCAAUAAAAUUUCCUUUCUACAUUUUGCAGCUAUAAAGUUUCUUCAAAAACUGGAUCUGUCCCUGUUUUUUAUGAAGACAUGGCCCCCUAUAUGGGCAGAGUUGAGUGACCAUCCCAAAGAAGCCAAAUUAGAUCACUUUGCUUUGUGCUGUAAAAUCAAAUCAAAGUGUAAAAUGAGUCUACUCUCUCUAGAUUUGAGUUCCCCUGUUCCUUGGAUGUUCAAUAUCCCUCCACCACAAAAAAGCAGGGACAGCUAUGUUGGCCAUAAAACAAAAUCCAAAAUGCAGAUUAUAGUAAUACCUUUAAUAAUCCAUGUUCUCCACACACCUGCUAAGAACCAUUUCAGAACAGUACACAGAAUAACAUGUAAACAAUUUAAAAAUCACUUUUGUUGUGGUGGUAGUGCUUUCAAAUUGUUUUGACUUUAUGGGGUCAUCAUAGGGUUUUCUUGGCAAGAUUUGUUCAGAAGGGGUUUGCCAUUGUGUUCCUCUGAAGCAAUGAGAAUUUGGGAUUUGGCCAAGGUUAUUCAGUGGGUUACUAUAGCCAAACAAGGAUUUACACUCUUGUUUCCUGGAGUUAUAGUCCACACUCAAACCACUACACCACACUGGCUAAAACAAACACUACUGAUAUAUUAAUUAUUACUAGGUCAGAAACUAGGGAUUGACUUCAAACCAGAAAUGGCUGAUCAGACCAAAUACUCCUGCAAAAUAAUAUAAUGGAAGAUCCCAAAACACGAAGAUAUACAAUUGAGCACAAAAGUUAGAACCAUAC